AUGAUUUAGACUAGUGUUCGAAAAUCAGCCAAGGAUUACUAUGAUCAAGGUAUGAUAUAGAAUAAUUUAAAGGUUAAACUUCUUAUGAUCAGUAGAAUUGGUAAUAGUCUUUAAUUUAUUUGGAAAAAGCAAUCUCAAUGAAACCAGAUUAUCUUAAUGCAUAAUAUUUAAAAGGUUUGAAUNAAAAAAAAAAAUUUAUUUUUAACUAAUAAAUUGGUAACAGAUGA